CGUGUCUUCCGUUUCUUUAUAGAGGAAUUGAAAACACAGCCUGCACCUGAAGUUGCAGUGAAAUAUUACACUGGAGGUGACUUGUUCUUGUUUGAUGAAUUUCAAACUGCAAGAGUUCCUAAUUCCCGGAGGCCAAAAAUAGAGAAUUUGUACGACGUGUUUAUGAACAUCAGAGAUGAUGAAGCAGAACAUUGUAAGAUGAUGAAGGCGUGCCAAACUCAUGUGGAUCUUUGCUCCCCUCACUCGAAUCCAGAGUAUUCAUUUGAAGAUGAAUCUGGCUGCAUCCCGCCUAUAAAAAAAUCAGUCACAUCUCCUCAAGCAAAGGAAAAGUGAUACUGAUGAAAGAAGUGUGAGAAUCGAUACCAAUGAAUACAGUAUAUAGAAAUUAUAGAUCCAAUGUAAGUUUUCCGUUUUCAACUUUACCCUUUCUGUAUAUAUGUUGCAAUGAUUGUAUUUGUAGUUUCUAAAGGGCUUUGAGCUUGACCCUAGUUUAUAUAUUAUGUUUGACAUGGGAGACCCAAUUUUUUGAGAUUCUCAUGCAUAAAAAAAUACCGUAGUAUAUAUUUGGACUAGGGAAUAAAAAUGCCUGUGUAUUUUUAAAAGUUUUCAACGGAUAGCUUCAGAUUUUUGGCUA